UUCAUCGCAGCUCCCGUGGGACGUCCCGAAGAUUAAAUAUUUGUUGUACGUUCAGACUUUUUUGUAUACACUACUUCUCGAUCUCGAACCUCACCAAACAGCUCCCCCCCCACACAUCGGCAUCAUGGAGUACAUCAACAAAGUCACGGACGUCGCCAGGAACUUCAGGGAGACUAGAUUAUCGACCUUGAAACCGCCUCAGGAGUUUUUCGAUCAUCACCAACUAUCCCGACCGAAAGAUCUCAACGAUGCCACUGCCAGGAUAACUUACAACACUCGUCAUUUCUCCGGCAACUACCUCAUCGUCAUUCUCAUCCUCUUCGUCUACGCCUUACUCACAAACUACCUCUUGAUCAUUGCCGUCGUGUUCCUAGCAGGAGGCUUUGCACUCAUCAACCGCUUCGCCGCCGAACCCAUCCAUAUCGGAAAUCUCGUCAUCACCCAACAACAGCUAUACAUUGGUUUAUUCGUUGUCGGCUUGCCAUUGCUUUGGGUCGCUUCCCCCGUAUCGACUUUCUUCUGGCUCGUCGGAUCAUCUGCAAUUCUCAUCAUUGGGCACGCAUGUUUAAUGGAGCCGGGCGUUGAGAGCGAAUACGCCGGAGUGGAGGGUGUAUAGAAGGGUAACGAAGCGGCAGGGAUGAUGAUAUGUUCUCUGCGCAUAUGGCGUAUCCGCCCUCAGCUAGCCUCUUAUGGUAUUACACAUAGAUAGACUCGUUUCACGCACAGGUAUUCGAC